AAAGCCACGUGGUCGAAAAACGCGGGAAGGGUUGUCAGUAGUUGUCGAGCUUGCAGAUUUCUCAGGGAUCGUCCCAAAGCAAUGUGAAUUGAUCAGGAUAGGAAUUUGGCCUGUGGCAGUGCUGCCAUUUUAGAGUGGAUUUAAAAUCCAACUUCUUUCCCCAAAGUGCCUUGCAGAAUGGACUACCAGGAUUGUUAGGUUCAGUCAUUCCAUGUUCAGACAGGAUUAAACAAACAAGAAUUUAUACUGGACUACCGGUAUAAACUUACUUACACCUGAGGUACAAGAGAAUUAAACAUGCCUUGCAAAAGACGCAAGCGUAAGCUCCCAGUGCCAGAGGAUUUGGGUCACGGUUCUCCUGGCAAAGUUUGUGUCAAAUCUCAGAACCUUGAUGCACAGAGAUCAGAGGCCAAAGAGGGGAGCAGCAACAGUACAUCUGAGGAUGAUAUGUUUGCUGUUUUGAUGCGCAUGGAGGGGCCAGGUGUUGCGAGAGAGGGGAGCAGUGCCAUGGAUUGGAAUGGUGACUCUAGUGAAGAGGAGUGUGAAUGGGAAGAGGUGCCAGACCAUCCUUUACUAAGCACUGAGAAGUCCCAGUUGCCAUCAGGCUCAGUUAAGAUACGACUUGAGGUUCCUGACAUUAUGAAGAAGAAACGAAAACGAGAUGCUUCAUGGAGGGAAAAAUAUUAUUCUCAACUUCUCAAUCGCUACCUGAAAAAUCGCCAGAUCUCCCUGCAUAAGGUGCACCUGCUCUGCCUCUUGGCUCACGGAUUACAUUGCGUCCAUCUGUGCAAUAGCCCCGUAAUAAGAGCCCUGGCUCUGUCUUUGGAACCAUGUGACAUUCCCAGGAAGCGUGUCCGCUUGGUGGAACUCCCAACUCUGACAAAACUGACCAAGUACUUUUUUGGAUUGAUAGUGAUUGACCCUGAGCAGCAUAAAUCACCUGUAAAUGAGGAUACACUUGUGAGGAAGUUCUGUACAAAAGUGGCCACAGAAAAAGAAUUUGUUUUGCUUUUCUUUGCCUUUCUAUCCAUGCUAGGAUUUGACACUCGACUUAUAAUGUCACUUGUCCCAUUAUCUCCGAAAGUACCUUUGCAGAAAGUGGCCAGUGGUGAAGGACAGAAUUCUGGCAAAGAGAAGAAGAAAGCUGAGAAGACUCGGGUAAAAGACCAUGCAGACUCAGCCAUAGCUUGUAGCAGCAAAGAUACCUCUGGUGGCAAGUCAUUGCAUUCAUCAAAGUCUGCUAAAGGGAAACUUUCUAAAGCAGCGAGAAGUGAGGAUAAUCAUGAUUCAAGCAGAAAACAGUCUAAAUAUUUUAAGGAAAGACAUAAUCUCAAGAAAAAAGGGAGUGAAAAGAAAGCUAAAGGACAGACUGCUGAGAAGAUGGAAAAAAUCCCAAAAGUAUUGAAAAGUGGAGGAGAAAAGGAAUCUCAUUCUGGUUCUCGCUCAUCAGAACCUCGGCGGUCUUCUCGUAAUUUUCGAAGUAAAACGAGAGAAUGUGGUGACAGCAAUUAUUCCCAUGAAAAGACAAAAACUGAAAGAUCUGCAAGGAAAGGAAAGGCAAACAAAGAACAGACAAUGGAGCCAGAAGAGAUUUUGUUGAGUUCUUCUGACGAUUUUGAGGAAGAACCUGCCAAGUCAAGGACUCCUACUUACAGUUUGAAGAAGAAGUACAAGGGAAAAAAUGUGCCCAGGAAGAUACUGUCUUCUGAGUCCUCAGAAGAAAGCCUUAUGCAGACAGAGGAUGAGCAAAUAACUCAAGGAACAUAUUUAUGGGUGGAGGUCUACUUGGAAACUGAAAGGAAGUGGAUUUGUGUGGAUGUCAUCCAUAACGUGGUAAACAAGCCAGAAAUGAUGGAGAAGUGGGUUAAGCAUGAAAUGACUUAUGUUGUUGGCUUUUGCAAUGAUGGUAGCGUGAAGGAUGUCACACCAUUCUAUGCAUCACAGUGGUUGACGCACACACAUAAACAGCGUGUGGAUCCUGGGUGGUGGGAUGAAACAUUGGCCCCUUAUCGUAGUCAUAAAGUCUCAAGGGAGAAAACAGAAGAUGACUUUUUGAGAGUCCAACUGAUGAUGAAAGCCUUACCAAGUACUAUCGGAGACUACAAAAACCAUCCACUGUAUGCACUUUCUCGACACUUGCUGAAGUUUGAAGCCAUCUACCCAGAAACAGCUGUACCUGUGGGAUUCAUCAAAAAGGAACCAGUGUAUGCCCGUGAAUGUGUUCAUACGUUGCACUCCAGAGAAAACUGGAUGAAGGAAGGUCGUGUGGUGAAGCUGGGAGAAACUGCGUACAAGAUGGUGAAGUCAAGACCAAAAUGGAAGAAACCUAAAGAGAAUCCAGAUGAAUUAGAUCUGGAACUCUUUGGAGAAUGGCAGACGGAAAUCUAUGUUCCUCCUCCACCUAAAGAUGGGAAAAUCCACAGAAAUGAAUAUGGUAACAUCGAACUGUUCAGACCUACUAUGUUACCAGCAGGGACUGUUCAUAUAAGGAUUGAUGGUCUAAAGAAGGUAGCCAAGAAGUUGGACAUAGACUGUGUGCCAGCAAUGGUGGGUUGGGAACACCAUAUGGGAUAUGCCCAUCCUAUCUUGGAUGGAUUUGUGGUGUGCAAAGAACAUGAAGAAUUACUCCUCACAGCAUGGGAUGAAGAGCAGGAAAUUCAGCGCCAGAAAGACAUAGAAAAAAAAGAGAAAAGAGUGUAUGGAAAUUGGAAACGUUUGAUCCGAGGGUUACUUAUUCAGGAAAAGCUGAAGAAGAGAUAUAGUCUUGAGACCCCAGCUGUUGCCAAACGCUCUAGCGCAAAGGCAUCAAGUGACGAGAAAGCCACAGAUCUUGCAUUGACGUGGCCACAAAACAGACGAACAGCCAAAGGCAAAGGGGCUCCCAAGAAAUGUAUUGUUGAAGUUGAAACACUAUAAAUAAGUGCAUUUGUUGUUUUGGGUUUUUUUUGUUUUUUUUUAAACCUUCCGUAUGGCUUUACCUAAGGUAGCCAUCCAGUAAAGAGGAGCGGAGUUAGGCGUCAUAUUGCAAUAAGAAUCUGCCACAAAAUUAUCAAAACCCGAAGUUGGCAAUGGAGAAAUGCGGAUGAACCAUUUUGAAUGUUACACAUUAGGACGUCAAGAGCAAAGCAGUUCACAGGCAGGUUCUUGGACCUGGAAGUCUUGAAGUGUGUAGAGCUACAGAUAGAUGACCUUGGAAUCUUUGUGAUGUUUUAUGUACAUAAUGUCUUGACAAAAAAAAACAGAAAUCUCAGGGAAAAAGACCUGAAAUACAGUUCAAAAAAUUAUUGGCGAAAUCAUGUUCACUG